AUGGGUAACAAUCCUUCCCAGCCAACUGGCCAUUAUCGAGCUGGACCUCAAUAUCAAGCUCCUCCAACACACUUCAACCGUGGGCACACCCUGAGGGAGACUCAGUAUUUCAGGGGCGGGUAUACUCUCCGGGAUCCCCCCAAGAAGAAGAAGAUGGGGCUUGUUGGUGUCCCCGAGCACACUCCACAGUCACUUUCUCCACGUCGUUCCCGCUUGAGCACAGGGCGUAACGGUUUGGCAGUUGCUGCUGCACAAACAGCUUAUUCACCACCUCCUCAGCAUAAUCUUCAGUGCGGAUACUCGCCGGGGACCACUCCCAGUGUGUCUUCACUUGGCAGCUCCAGACAUUCCCGCUCGAGCAGAGGGCGUAACGGUUUGGCGGCUGCUGCUGCACAAACAGCUUAUUCGCCACCUCCUCAGCAGCAGUGUACCAGCAGCCCCCAGCACUCACGCACUACAGGGUUAAGCAGCAGAGCAGUCCCCCAACACAAUUUCUCACAGCCUGCCCGCCAGCACUUCUCACAUGGGCACUCCCUCAGAAACAAUGCCCAGCUGUCCAAGAAGAAAAAGAACUGGAAGUGGUAG